AUGGGGUCAGGCAGCGACCAGGACGCAGAAGAGGAGGCCUGGGGUGGAAUCCAGGCCGCGGCGGCCCACAGCCAUGAAAACUCUGCAGAGGCUGGCCCAUCUGGGUCGCACAUACUGAAACCGCCUACUGGAGAGGAGCUCAAGAAGAUCAAGGAUGCGUCCGAACUCUUCAGGUCCACGGCUUUCAAGUCGCAGGUGCAUCGACGCAAUGCUCCCCAACGUCCGUCCAAAUACGACAAGUCACAAUCGUUGGAUGCUCUCCUCUUGUCUAUUCACAAGCUCCUCAUGGAGCUGCCUGCCAUCGCACCUCAGCAUCCACUUCAUGCGUCAAGAACGCUCUCUAAACAGGGCAUCGACGUGCCCUAUGUGCGCCCCCUUCCGACGGAAGAGACCAACUGGAAGGUCUCUUUCGAGAAGCCCUCUGAGAUAAUGUUGGCAGGCAGCUGGAUCACGAAGACUGCCGUAAAGGCCAAGGACUUCGCUCCAUUCACGGCCGAUCUCGCAAUAGAGAUGCCUUCGAAUCUAUUUCAGGAGAAAGACUAUCUCAACAGCCGAGUCUUCCAAAAACGCGCCUACUACCUAGGUGUCGUCGCUUCUGCGAUCGCUAAGGCGAAGUUCACUCUUCGUUGCGAGCUCUUCUAUGAGUCCAUCUCUGGUGACCCACGAAGGACCUGCCUUGUGCUCCGUCCAGAACCUGACGGCUCGCAUAAAAGUUCGGGCAAGGUCCCUAUACACGUCCGCAUUAUCCCUUUCAUCAGCGAGUCGCCCAUCCCGCUUCAGCGGCUAUCCCCCGCGCGGUCCAAUAUUCGCGCAACCACCCUCAAGGACGAGUCCAAGGAGGAGCCGACGCCCUUGUACAACACUGCGUAUAUGCUCAUGACCACACCGAGAGCUCACUUGCUUCACGUACACGCUUUGGCAAAGAACGUGCCUUCCUUCGUUGAUGCACUCACACUGCUCCGAGUUUGGGCGAACCAGCGCGGCUACGGUCUUGGGAGCCGCAUGUGUGUACGUGGCUUUGAGGGCAAGGGUAUAUGGUGGGCGUCGAUCUUGGAUCUGAUUGUCAACGGCGAGGAGCCGCCUCCUGCGGGCCUAGGCAAGAGGGGCGCCAGACGCAAGCCUUUGGGGAAGGGUUUGAGCUCGUAUCAGCUCUUCAAGGCCGCCUUAGAUUUCCUCGGUAUGAUUCCAUCAACUCUUGGCACGUUUCCGCGACACAACUUUGGCGAAGAGGCUGUAUUCGUAAAGUCAAAGGAUGGACAUCGGUUCCCUCCUAGCAGCUAUUCGAGCCAUGAGGCUGUCUUCGUGGAUGCGACGUCGUCGGUCAACCUAUUGGCGGACGUCCCUUUGGCUUCUCUCGAUACGUUAAGAUAUGACGCUCAAUCAACCUUGGAGCUGCUGGACCAUGCUUCUAUAUCUGAAGACACUUUCGCCCCUCUGUUCUUGCAGGAGCACCGUGACAUCCUCGCACGUUUCGACGUAGUCGCAAGGGUGGACCUAUCGUCUGUGGAGAUGCGUACAGUGUCUGCGCAACAUGUUGCCGAUCAUGGCUCGGCCUACAGCGCAGCAGUCGCACAACUCGUCUCCACGCUGCGCCGAGGUUUCGGGGACCGUGCCAAGGCCAUAGCCGUCCUCCAUGCCUCUUCAGACGUCCGGCCGACGUCGCAGGCUCUUCCGAUACAGUCAUCUAUCGUGCACGUCGGAAUCAUCCUCGACAGCGAGCACGCCUUCCGGCUCGUCGACCACGGUCCUCCGGCCGAAGAACAAGAAAGCGAGAGGACAAGGCAGUUCCGGCAGUUCUGGGGUGACAAGGCCGAGCUGAGGCGCUUCAAGGACGGCUCAAUCGCGGAGAGCGUCGUCUGGGACGUGAAGAACGCCGACGAGCGCGCCCGGAUCCCUGCUAUGAUCAUGCGUCAUCUUCUUGCGCGUCAUUUCGGCCUUGGGGCGGACGCCGUGCAAACUUGGCAAACCGAAUUCGACGCGCUGCUGAAGCUGCCCGAGUCGAUCUCGUCCCUAUACCAGGCUUCGAGCGCGUCGGUCGGCUUCAAGUCUGCGCUCUUGGCGGCGCUCGAUGAGCAGUUCCCUCUCGCGGUGCUCAAUGUCAGCCCGGUCACCCCUGCCCUCCGGUAUACCGACGUCUUCGUCCCUGCUACGCUCGCUAUCCCUUCUCGGUCGGCACUGCCCAAACGCGCGUCGUACCUCCCCGUCAUGGAGAUCAUCAUCGAGUUCGAGAAGUCCGCCCGGUGGCCAGACGAUCUGCACGCCAUCCAGAAGAUGAAGCUCGCGUUCUUCGAGCGCCUCGCCAGCAUCCUCAUGCACGCCGUCAAGGGCCUACAAGCGACCGUCGUGUUCGGCGAGCGCCCAGAGCGUACGGAGAUCGAGGACGAGGCCGCGCUCGACAUCAUCACCGCGGACGGCUGGGCGUUCCGCGCGCGCAUCUGGCACGACCGCGAGGCGACGCUCCUGGACCGCAUCAUCAACGACCAGCCGCACGUCCCCAAGGCCCUGCGCCAGGCGAAGACCGGCGAGGACGCGCGCGAUCGCCAGCUCGCCCUGCAUGCGCGCGAACUCUACACGCGCCGGUUCAUCCACGCACCCCGGCAUCACCGCGCGAUCGCGGCGCUAUACCAUCGGUUCCCGGCGUUUGCGAACACCGUUAGGUUGACGAAGCGGUGGUUCGCGGCCCACUGGCUGCUGCACGGACAUGUCUCUGAGGAGGCGGUUGAGCUGCUCUGCGCGCAUGUGUUCUUGCGCACGGGGCCGCCAUUCGUGGCGGAUGCCGCUGCGAAUGCGAAGACGUUUGCGCCGGGCUGGAAGGAGCGCGGCUUCGCGCAGGUCAUCGAGUUCUUGAAGGAUUGGGAUUGGACCGGGGGUCUGGAAAUCUCGUUGGACAAUGCGGAUCAGACUGCUGGUGACUCCUCGACCGCGCCCCCUACGACCACCUCGAAGGACGUCGCGUGGGCGCUGAAGACGCCCUUCGACCCACGCGGUCACAUGUGGACGUCGUCGGGCCCGAAUGCUGUCGUAGCGCGGCGCAUCACCACCAUCGCAAAGGCGACAUGGGAGUGUUUGAACGGUCUGGAGACCGGUGCGUCAACCGUAAAGGCGAUUUUCCACCACCCUACCGACUACUACGACUUCGUAAUCGAGCUGAAUCCGGCGCUCUCCACUCGCUACCACCAGAAGCUCGACGCCGACCCGUCCGUAUGGGCGCCGAAGGGCAAGUACGCGAACGCGAUCGUGAAGGGCGCGGCCGCGUCCAUUAUGCCCAGCUUCGACCCCUUCGCGAUGUUCUACGGUGACCUGUCGCAUGUAUAUGCGGACACGGUCCUUCUGUUCCACGACCCGCUCGGGGGUGACCGUAUCGGUGCUGUCUGGCAGCCCAACCUGCGGAGUGCACGACCCUUCCGGGCGUUGGGCGGCUUCUCGAGCAUACCAUCACAAAAAAGGCUGGGCAGCACUCUUGUUGCAAAGAUUGUGCCUCGGGAUACAUAG